AUGGGUAACGCUUAUCACAUUUUGGGUAGAACAGUUCAACCACACCAAAUCUCACUUGCUACUCUUUCAUUGGUCGCACUUUUAGCGGUACCCAAUCCAUUUGCCAAGAAGCAACCACAAACUUUGGAUUUUGCUGCUUCUUCUGCUGAUGAGGAAAAAUUCAUCAAGAACUAUGUCGAACAGCAUUCAAAGGCCGAACACUAG